CGGAAGUGAAGGGCGCGCUUGGCGGCGGCGGCGGGAGCUGCGGAGUCGGGAAUCAAAACAAAGGGCCUGGCGGGGCGGGGGGAAGGCGGCGGGGUCGGAAUGUGAGCGAAGGUGGAGCAGGCUGUAGAGGGUGGAAGAAUGAAAGAAAAGAAAGGUGAAAGAAUGUUGAACAACUUUGUGUGGCUAUAUGAUGGAAGGAAACGGAACUGAGAACUCCUGUAGUAGAACACUCGGAUGGCUUCAACAAGAUAAUGGUGCUAAGCCAUGGCUUUGGAAAUUCUCUAAUUGCUUUUCUCGUCCUGAGCAGAUGUUGCCACUUAGUCCCCAAACGAAAGAUUACAUGGAGAACAAGAAAGUUGCUGUGGAAUUAAAGGAUGUACCAUCUCCCCUUCAUACUGGCUCUAAACUUUUUCCAGCAGUUCCACUUCCAGAUACUCAUUCUCUUCAGCAAACUAAAAUACAGCUUCCAACUGUCCCCAAAGUAAGCUGCUGUGCUCAUUGCACUAAUGAACCCUCCACUUCACCAAUGCAUUUUGGUGGUGGCGGUGGCGGUGGCGGUAGCGGAGGUACUGGUAGCUUGAUUCACUCGGGCACAGUGUUAGACUCACAGAGCACCAGGACAAUCACAUGCCAGGUAGGGUCAGGACUUGCUUUUCAGUCUUCACCUUCACUCCAGAAUGCCUUAGCUAGGAACAGUAUGGCCGGCAUUGCAAGUGACUUUCCCAGCACGUGUCCAGAAAGUAACCUCUCUUCCUGCCAACACCUGCCCUGUUGUGGAAAGCUCCAUUUCCAGUCAUGCCAUGGUAACGUGCACAAGCUACAUCAGUUCCCGGCUCUCCAGGGCUGCACCUCUGCUGGCUAUUUCCCCUGUUCUGAUUUCACAAGUGGGGCUCCAGGGCAUUUGGAAGAGCACAUUUCACAGUCGGAGCUAACACCUCACUUGUGCACCAGCUCUUUGCACCUAAAUGUGGUCCCUCCGGUGUGUUUAAAGGGCUCCCUUUACUGCGAAGACUGUCUAAACAAGCCGGCAAGAAAUAGUAUAAUUGCUGCUGCUAAAGUCUGGCCAAAUAUACCACCUCCAAAUACUCAAACUGCACCUGUUACUGUUCCUCUGUGUAAUGGCUGUGGAACCAAAGGGAAGGAGACCACAUUGUUAUUGGCGACCAGUCUAGACAAAGCUGCUUCGAAAUUUGGCUCACCAGAAGUUGCACUAGCUGGACAGCUGCUGGAAAACUUACCCCCCAUUGGAGUUUUUUGGGAUAUUGAAAACUGCUCAGUUCCCUCUGGCCGCUCAGCCUCUGCUGUUGUACAUAGAAUCCGUGAGAAGUUUUUUAAAGGCCAUAGAGAAGCAGAAUUCAUCUGUGUUUGUGACAUCAGUAAAGAAAACAAAGAAGUUAUUCAAGAGCUGAAUAAUUGCCAGGUAACUGUUGCCCACAUCAAUGCUACUGCGAAGAAUGCUGCUGAUGAUAAACUCCGCCAGAGUCUCCGAAGGUUUGCAAAUACGCACACUGCUCCAGCUACUGUGGUUCUUGUGUCGACUGAUGUCAAUUUUGCCUUGGAACUUAGUGACCUGAGACACAGACAUGGUUUCCACAUAAUUUUGAUCCAUAAAAACCAGGCCUCAGAAGCACUGCUGCAUCAUGCUAAUGAAUUGAUUAGAUUUGAAGAAUUCAUUUCCGACUUGCCCCCCAGGUCACCACUAAAAAUGCCAUGCCACACUCUGCUCUAUGUUUAUAACCUACCAGCAAAUAAAGAUGGCAAGAGCGUCAGCAACAGGCUCAGACGCCUGUCCGACAACUGUGGUGGGAAAGUGCUGAGCAUCACGGGCUGCAGUGCAAUCCUCCGCUUCAUAAACCAAGAUAGUGCAGAACGGGCUCAGAAGCGAAUGGAAAAUGAAGAUGUCUUUGGGAAUAGGAUCAUCGUGUCAUUUACUCCCAAAAAUAAAGAACUCUAUGAGACAAAUAGUUCAAAUGCAAUUCCUGAUAAAGUGAAGUCUCCAAAAAAACUUAAGAUUCCAAAAUUGUGCCUCAUCAAAGAUGCAAAUGAGCAAUCUUCCAGUGCCAAAGCCAUGCCUGGAAAAGGGUCGCAGGCAAAUUCUGGAUCUGCUGCAAAAAACACAAAUGUGAAAAGUUUACAGGAGCUGUGCCGUCUGGAGUCAAAAACUGGUACUAGAAACAGUGAAUCCCAGCAGGGUAACCUGAGGCUGGUGGCACCUCCUCACAGAAACUCGAGUGUCGUAGCACCCACACUAAAAAACUCCGGGUUGGCAGAAUCCGUUUACAAAACCAAUCCAAAAAAAGAGAACCUCAGUGCCCGAAGUGUUACCAGUUCUCCUGUAGAGAAAAAAAACAAAGAGGAGACUUUGUUCCAAGUGAGUUACCCGUCUGCUUUUAGCAAGUUGAUUGCAUCCAGGCAAAUCAGUUCUCUGCUCACAUCUCCAUCUUGGUCUUCUCGUGUUGCAAAUUCAAGCAUUGGUGCCGACUGCCCAGACCCAUUUGCAAAUGGUGCUGAUAUCCAGAUCAGUAACAUAGACUACAGAGUAUCCCGGAAGGAGCUGCAGCAGCUCAUACAGGAAGCAUUUUCUAGGCAUGGCAAGGUGAAGAGUGUGGAGCUCAGCCCCCACACAGAUUAUCAGCUCAGGGCUGUUGUUCAAAUGGAAAACUUACAAGAAGCAAUCAGUGCGGUGAAUACCCUCCACAGAUACAAAAUUGGCAGUAAGAAGAUCCUGGUCUCACUUGCCACAGGAGCUGCUAAUAAAUCACUCUCUUUACUGAGUGGAGAAACCAUGUCUAUUCUUCAGGACGCUCCUGCCUGUUGUCUGCCUCUUUUAAAAUUUACAGAUAUCUAUGAAAAAAAGUUUGGACACAAGCUGAAUGUGUCAGAUUUAUAUAAAUUAACAGACACAGUCGCCAUCCGUGAACAUGGGAAUGGAAGACUGGUGUGUCUCUUACCCAGCAGUCAAGCUCGACAGAGUCCCUUGGGGUCUUCCCAGUCCCAUGACGGCUCCUCAACAAAUGGCAGUCCAAUUAUAUUUGAAGAGUUAGAAUAUCAUGAGCCUGUCUGCAGACAGCAUUGUUCCAAUAAGGAUUUCAGUGAACACGAAUUUGAUCCAGACUGUUACCAGAUUCCUUUUGUGAUUCUCUCUUUGAAGAUGUUUGGGCCCCAGGUUCAUAGUCUUCUGCAGACACACGAGGGCACUGUGCCUUUAUUAAGUUCUCUUUAUAGAAAAUCUCUCUCUCUGUCCACACCUCUCCCCAAGAAAGUGUCCUUAGCCUCGUAGUCACUUAAAAUAUAUCUGAAAUGGGUCCAUUCNAAGCCCCCUCCUCCAAACACAGACCCUUGGCUUCUGCGGUCUAAAAGUCCUGUAGGUAACCCCCAGCUGAUCCAGUUCAGUAGAGAAGUGAUUGACUUACUGAAGAGCCAACCAUCCUGUAUCAUGCGAAUUAGUAAUUUCAUCCCAUCCUAUCACCACCAUUUUGCAAAGCAAUGCCGGGUGUCAGACUAUGGAUAUUCCAAGCUGAUUGAAUUAUUAGAAGCAGUGCCUCAUGUGUUGCAGAUUCUCGGAAUGGGCUCCAAACGCUUGUUGACCCUUACACACAGGGCCCAGGUGAAGCGCUUUACUCAGGAUUUACUAAAACUUCUCAAAUCCCAGGCCAGCAAACAGGUUGUUGUGAGAGAAUUCUCUCAGGCUUAUCAUUGGUGUUUCUCAAAGGACUGGGAAGUCACCGAAUAUGGGGUCUGUGAGUUGAUCGAUAUUGUAUCGGAGAUUCCAGACACAACCAUCUGCCUGUCCCAACAAGAUAAUGAAAUGGUGAUUUGUAUCCCCAAAAGAGAACGUACCCAGGAUGAAAUAGAAAGGACAAAACAGUUCUCCCAGGAUGUGGUUGAUUUGCUGAGGCACCAGCCCCAUUUCCGGAUGCCCUUUAAUAAGUUCAUCCCCUCUUACCAUCACCACUUUGGCCGGCAGUGCAAACUCGCAUACUAUGGGUUUACCAAACUACUUGAACUUUUUGAAGCCAUACCCAAUAUUCUACAAGUUUUGGAAUGUGGAGAAGAAAAAAUCCUCACUUUGACGGAGGUAGAACGAUUCAAAGCUCUAGCUGCCCAGUUUGUUAAACUCCUUCGGUCCCAAAAAGAUAACUGCCUUAUGAUGUCAGAUCUGCUCACAGAAUAUGCUAAGACUUUUGGUUACACGUUUCGUCUCCAAGACUAUGAUGUCAGCUCAGUUUCAGCUUUAACACAGAAGCUCUGCCAUGUUGUGAAGGUUACUGAUACGGAAUCUGGCAAACAGAUCCAGCUGGUCAACCGCAAGUCCCUGCGCUCUCUCACUGCCCAGCUGCUGGUAUUGUUGAUGUCCUGGGAAGGAGCCACCUUUCUUUCGGUUGAUGAGCUCAAGAGACAUUAUGAAGCUACUCACAGCACUCUUCUCAACCCCCUCGAAUAUGGGUUCAUGACCCUGACCGAACUUCUGAAAAGUCUGCCUUACUUAGUUGAGGUUUUCACUAAUGAUAAGACAGAGGAGUGUGUGAAGCUCACAAGUCUGUAUUUGUUUGCCAAGAAUGUGCGGUCUUUACUUCGUACUUACCACUACCAGCAGCUUUUCCUUCAUGAGUUUUCCGUGGCCUAUUCCAAGUAUGUCGGAGAAACAGUGCAACCCAAGGCUUACGGCUUCAGUAGCGUAGAGGAACUCUUGGGAGCAAUCCCACAGGUGGUCUGGAUAAAAGGACAUGGUCAUAAGAGAAUUGUAGUGUUAAAAAAUGACAUGAAAAGUCAUUUGAAUUCAAACUGGCCCUCGGCUACUGAGCGUAUCCUGGAGGUGCCCAAGUCUUGCACAGCCAUGGAACUCAAACUUGGAGCAGGUGGUGAUGGGCCCAGUCCGACGGAGCAGGAGCUUCUCCGCCUGACCAGUGCCUCCCCCGUGGACCUACUGUGCGCGCCCGUGCCCUCCUGCCUGCCGUCCCCUCAGCUGAGGCCAGAUCCUGUCAUCCUUCAGUCUGCUGAUCUCAUUCAGUUUGAGGAACACCCUCAAGAACCUUCUGAAGUUAUGAUUUUAAACCAAGAAGAGAACACUGAACCAGUAAAUAACAAAAAGCUGACCUCCGACUCCAGCUCCUCUUGUGUCUCAGACGCUGUCCCGGCGCCUCCCUGCCCCCCCUCGGACACCCCAGAGUCCCAGCUCAGCAAGGGCCCUGUGGAAAGCCCAGCCAAAAAGCAGCCCAAAAAUAGAGUAAAAUUGGCAGCCAACUUUUCCUUUGCACCUGUAACCAAGCUUUGACUCAUUCUGAACAUAGAAGUAGGACGGGAACACUGUCUGAUUCUGCACACAGAGUGGAUUCAGAAGACACAGCCCUUGCUGUUUUAAUGAAAACCCCCUAGAAGCCACCUCCUCCAUCCUUAGCUGUAUUCCUUACGUUUCGUUUUUUUUCCAUUGAACACAGCUUGGAGCUAAAGUUUUUCUACCCCCCUCCCCCCCCCCCCCAAUGAUUUGAAAACAAAAUUCCUGGCAUUUGUUAAAGAAUUCUUAAUAUAUUUUACCAAUUUUUUCUUAAUUAUUAUGAAAUAUAAUGGUGUUCCAUAAGAAGAAAGCAGUAAGAGCUUGGCUAGAAGGAAGUAGUUUUACUUCCAGUAAGCCCCAUCAGUGGUAUCAUCCUCCAUGUAGCAUAAUAUAGUCUCUGAGCCUUUGCUUACUGAUGUUUUCAGAUGGUAUUAAUCAUAUGCAUGAUGUGUCUUGAAGCAAAGCCUGUUCAGUGGCCUGCGUGUUCACACACUGAAGGAGGGUGGGCCAGAAGUAAGAAUGUCUUUUCAGGUUGGAUAUGAAGGUUCCUGGCUUCCACGUGACUUGUAAGAGUGCCUUGUUUUUUAUUUAACUAUGUCUGUAGUUGACAAAUGCGGCUUCAUCACAGAAUUUUUUAAAUGUUUCCACUGUGGGGUUCCAUUUAGGAGCUUCUAGAAAGUUGAUGAUUUAAGCUUCCCUUUUAUGUUAAGUUCCAGUUUGACAUGCAUUAGGUAAAGGAGAAGGAGAGGGUCUUGGUGUCGUGAAUUUGAAGUCAGUGUUAGAAGUCCACACAUGAUUGUGUGUCAAGAGGCAGUGUUGGGAAGAGUGCCUCCUUCUCAGGUAUGCUGUGCAUAAAGUACAAACCAGCUGAGGGGGAGGUGCUUCCUCUGGGGCGGUACGGAUACUCUUUCCACCAGGAACACACCGAAGUUAUAUCUAAACAUAUAAAGGCCAAGGUGAUCAACUUAACUUGGUUUUUGUCCUUUUAAAGCUGGUUUUGGUAGAUGGGAAGCUCUAUGUGUAUGUGUAUGUGUUUGUGUGUCUUAACAGUGUCUACUUUAACUCGGUUACUUCUCACUGUUGGAAGCAUGUGCAGGUUUUUUUUAGUAUCUGUGUUGGUAUUUGGGAAAAGCCAACCUGUGAGGGAGCACUGCCCUAUUGAAUGACCUUCGCCCCGAGGUGGCUGAGGCAUCCGGUGACAGGUGGCCUCUCGCCCCUCCUAGAGAAACCUGACAUUUACAAUGGGUUGUAUUUGUUGGGCAAAAGGCGGGUUCAUUCAUAGAGCAGAAAGAACCUGUGGACAAAAGGUCUUCCACUAGUUAGAUGGUUUCUUUGGGGGAAAUGCUUAUAUUUUGUAAUUUCUGGAAAGCCAGAAAAUGGGCUCUGAUUUUAUAGCCAGCAUUUUAAUAAAAUGCCACAAAAUAAGGGCUAUAGAGAGAUUUUUACAAGAUAGAUGUUUGUUCCCCAAAUCUUUUCUAUGAAGCCAGUGAUUCCCAGAUCUCAAGACGUAGCCCCAAUCAAGAUGGAACUACACUGGAAAAGCCUCUGAGCGUGAUGGCACCCUGCGAUCCCGCUGGAGGCUUUUCCUCCACAGACGUAGUGGGACAGGAAGUACAAUGCAAAUGUGCAGUUUUUUAAAAGAAGCUUUUAAACAAUGGGAUAGAGUUAGUGUUGAGAACAUCAGUUGCCUUAUCCUGAGAUUUCGUAAGGCUGAGUUUGCACACUUGGACUUUAGUUUUGCUCUCAUGUAAAGAACUGUGGACUUAAAAAAAACAUAAGGUACUAUUACAAGUCACAAGGAACAGUCUCAAAGAGCAACUUCUUUGGGCAACAAAGAAGAGACUGACGUCGUAUGCAGUCAUGUGAGUGUGGUCGCACCAUUUGCUGGAGUCGCCAGUCAGCCUGGGCCACGUGUAUGACUAACAAUAGCUGUGUGAAGAUAGGACAAUACAGCGAAGUUCAUUGUGUUCCUAAUGUAUUCCACAAUGGCCAGUCCAAUUACUAUCUAUUUUUUUUAUCCAGAAGCUUAAUUAAAUGAUGUAACAAAAUGAUAUAUAAGAAUUAAGACAAUGAAAUUCUUGAUUUCUCGGUGGAAAGAUAUGCCGGAUUAGAUUUAUCUUUAAAAAAAGACAGAAGUUACCACCACAACCCCCUUCCCCGUCUUGCACUGUUUGUUUUGGAUUGGGCUUGGGGGAGAGAUGUUUUUCUUAACUGUCUAUUUUGUUUGAACACGUUUUGUGGUUCAAGUGCUGUUUUGUGUGUUGGGACCAAACAGUUGUCAAUAAACUUUACAAGCAAGCAUCCGA